AUGUUUCACUUUCUAAAAUCUAAAAACUUACUCUUCUCCAUCGAAGAAGUGAUGCAAAUGACUGCAAAUUGUAACGUCUGCUGUGAACUCAAAUCUUUUUCCUACCAACAUUCUGACUCUCAUUUGAUUAAAGCAACACAACCUUUUGAGAGACUCAGUGUUGACUUUAAAAGACCUUUGCCUUCUAAUUCCCUCAACAAGAAUCUUCUUACUGCCAUUGAUGAAUAUUUGCACUUCCCUUUUGCCUUCCCUUGUCCUGAAGAGGGCUUCAAUUAUCAAAAAUGUUUUUGUAAACUUUUCUCCCUCUUUGGCAUGCCCUCCUAUGUUCAUUCCGAAAGGAGGACAAGUUUCAUGUUUUACGUAGUAAGGGAAUUACUACGAGUAGAACUAUGGCAUUUAACCCCAGAUGAAAUGAUCAGGUUGAAUGCCUCAAUGGAACUCUAUGGAAAACUGUGA